AUGGCUGCAAUGCAGAAGCGCCCGCCUAAGAGCACGGCCAGCAAAGAAGCAUACAACAUGGAAAAGACCGUGCUUUAUCAUCGCAUCUUCGAAAGCAAUUGCCGCUCCGCUUAUCACAUCACCGAGAUUGUCCUCGAUACAGUCACGCCCGAAGAGCGCAAGGAGAUCGUCGACGAGAUCAAAGUGGACGACAAGACGCCGCGCCCUGGACAAACGCGCUCUGGACAAGGAGCGCUUCCAAGAGACAGAGUCCCGCAGUGGCCAGCAGGCCCAACGCUGGCCAAAAUUCUUCCGCAGGCGCGCGCGCGAUGGGCACAGCACCUUCGUGAUCACCAACUGCGUGACAUCGAUGUGGUGUUCCGAGGCACUUCCACCGAAUGCCGCGGACUUUUGAACGUUAUGAAGGAUAAGAUGUCGAAAGCCGGAGGACGACCUUAUCAUAUGCACGACUACGAUGAAUCCACGAGCACCAUGUGCUUGAGCAUCGUUAUACCACAGGAUGCGCUCAAUGCACUGUCAACGCCUGAUAUGAUCAAUGACUUCCAGAUGGUGAUCAUCGACAACACGGCGCCAGAUUUGUCGAUAGGGGCCACCGCAGCCUCCACACAGCCAGCAGCGGCCACAUCAGUUCAGCAGAACGUCGUUCCGAAGCGUCGCCCCAAGAAGGUCACGUUUCUCGAUCCGCCAGUACAAUCAUGGUAUCCCUCCCCUGCCAGUGAGAUAAAGCAGGCUGAGUGGAAUCAGAACGCCGCUCAAUGCGCCGAAGAGAGUUCUGACGAUGAAAUGACAGACGACCAUUGGUGGCGCCGAGACUUUUCGUUGCGGAAACAAAUGAUCUCAGACUGGCAAGAAGAGCACACCGCGCGACGUCUCGCGCUUGAAUCCGGCGAUGAUUCCACAACAUUACCCUCUGUCAAUCCCAAAGUGAUGCCUGGGCUUUGCAACACUUACGGAGACAAUGUCUCGGCGGCAACGCGCGACCAGCAAGAUAUCCAGCUCCUCCAGGGCCUUCACACCAGCGUUGUCGACAGCGAGGCCGAACUUCAAAGCGCCCAGCAGAACCUCUCAAAUGCGAGAGCUACAUUGAGAAACGCUCUGCAGAACGCGCCAGCCAAUGCUAAUCACGGCCUCAUCAAGUAG